CCCAUCACGAAGCCACGUCACGAGCGUUCCAGCUCUCCCCCAACGUUUGGCCUUUUCCACGCGCUUCCUUCUCCCAAGCCCCUUUCAUUCCCCACCGCUGACAUCGCCUCCCCAUCCAACUCCCGAUCAUGGCCAACGCCGAGGAAGCGAGCCCCCUCCUACAGCACCGCCCCGACACCGCCACGACGCUCGAAGAGACGGUACCCCCGGCGGCGCCACCGGCCGCCGCCAAGAGGCCCCCCCGAACCGCGGCGAAUGGGGUCCCCGUGGAGUGUGGGACCGUCGUCGGCGAGCCGGUGGCCCGCAACCAGUGGAGCUCCGGCCUUUUAUCCUGCCUCGGACGUAACGACGAGUUCUGGAGCAGCGAUAUCGAAGUUUGUCUUAUUGGAAGCAUGGCUCCGUGUGUGCUGUAUGGAGGCAAUGUUGAGAGGCUUGGAUCCGGUCGUGGGUGGUUUGCAAAUAGCUGCUUCCCUUACACUGCUCUCUUUAUGCUCGGGAAUUCUCUCUUUGGCUGGAAUUGCCUGGCACCGUGGUUCUCUUAUCAUACCCGUACAGCCAUUCGCCGCAAAUUUAAUCUUGAA